AUGGAUGGCGGGAGGGCCGCAGCCCACUGGAAACGAUGCAGCAGAGCGUCGCAGGUGCUGGAGCUGGUUCUGGAGAAGCCGGACUACUGUUGGGCUGGCCUUCCUGCAGAAAGGCUGGUCUCCGCUGCUCAUGCCGUGGCCCGAUGGCAUAGGUAUGCAAGGCGGACCGACACGACCAGGGAUCCAGAAUGGCUGAAGUUAUCCUUGUUGAUGUCGGAACGUCGAACAGAGCUGCAACCAAGCAAUCUGGCGACAGCUUGUUGGUCCUUUGCCGCCACCUCCACCGGAGUGCUUGAGCCUUCGCUGAUCGAGGCCGCCGUCGACAAUGCGGACGAACACUCUGCUGCGGACCUCGGGCGACUUGCGUGGGCCGCCGCGCAGCUUGCAGAUGCAUCUGCAGCCAGGAAGGCCAUUCAUCGCAUUCUCCACGUGAUGGUGCGGAGGAUCAGGGAGCCUCAAGUACGAAUACUCGAAAUUUCGCAGGUGGUGUGGUCCAUGGCCCGCCUGGCCGUGAGAUCAGAUGCCACAUUCACUGCGCUGUCAGCCUUGAGGCUUGCGGCCAUCCGUGAGCUUCCGACGUGUGACAGCCGGCACCUGGCCAACCUGGCUUGGAGCUUCGUGAAACUGAGCUGCGCAGAUGGACCUCUCCUGAAACAUCUCGCUGCUCACGCACAAGGAUGUGCUCAUGAUUUCGGUCCGCAAGAGCUCUCCAACACCCUCUGGGCUUUUGCAGCUGCGGCGCCGGCAGCGCAGGUCCAGGCGUUCCGGGACGACGCAGCCAGCCGCACUGCGGUGCAGGAGCUCCUUGCGAGCGCAGGAGGCGUCCAGCAGUCCUUGAGUGGCCAGCAUUUGGCGAACAUCUUGUGGUCCGCAGCCAGGCUGGGGCCUUUCCUGGAGCACGGACAUCUCCGGCCGACUCUGGGGCCAUGGCCGAGUCGGCCUCGGCCGGGUUUCUCGAUUUUGGGAGCCGCCGCGCGGCAGCGCGUGGCGGAGCUGGCGCCCCAGCACCUGGCCGCAGUCGUCUGGGCCUGUGCAGCGGCCGGUGGGGCAUCGAUCCAAAGCAAGCGAUCUGGAGGCUACCGGGACCCGGAGCUGCUGGCUGCAGUUGAGGUCGGGAUUGUUUGCAGAAUGAGCGAGAUGACCCCGCGAGCGCUGGCCAAUAUUUUGUGGGGCUUUGCGACUUUGGAGUUCUCUGCAAGUCCCAAAGCCCACGCAGAGCUCUGUGCUGCUGCCGUGUGCCAAAGCCCGGAGAUGUCUGCUUCAGAGCUCUCCAUCACCGCGUGGUCACUCGGAACCUUCCGAGCAGUGGGCCACCUUGAGGACCUGGCAGCCGUGCUGAGCACAGGAGGCUUGAUCUCCGGCCCGCUGGCUGCCAAGGAGGUUGCCAACCUGGUCUGGGGCCUCAGCCAUGCGCGGCUCCACCACAGGUCCGUCCCUGCUGGAGUCCUGGCUGUAGUGCAGGGUUGCCUUCGGGAGCUGGCCGAGGAGGCGGCAGCGACAGACGCUUCGUCGGUCGACCUGCGUGCUCUUGCGAUGCUGGCUCGAGGCCUGCUCAAGCUCCGGCUCCACGACGAGUUUGGGACUCUCCUGGACAAGGCGCUCCGGAGCGUACCCGAACUCAGCCCGGAAUUGGCCAGCGUUUUCCUGGUUGGUGCAGCGGAGCUGGGCCCUCGCCGCGAGAUUUGCGAGCAGCGCGUUUGGGCACACCUUGGCCUCCAAGGGCGAAGCUUCCUGUGGCCUUCACGGGCCGUGCGUGAGGCAGAGUUGCUCAACUUUGCAAAGCGCUUCGCUGCCAAAGGCAACCCAGAGGCCGUCCUCUCCGCAGUGGAGAGAUUCUGCGAACACCGAAAGCUAUGGCUCAAAGUGGCUGGCGGUGACAAGGCCCAGGUGCUGGAGCAGGUGCUGGAGACUCUGCAGCCAAAAUCGGUCUUGGAGAUCGGGUGCUAUGUGGGCUUCUCAGCCAUUCGUCUGGGAGCUGCAGUUCGGAGGUGGCGUGGCCGAGUCAUCAGUCUAGAGAUGGAUCCUGUUUUCGCUUUCAUAGCACGAGAAAUGGUGGCUCAUGCCGGUCUCGAGGAAGUCGUGGACAUCCGACUUGGACAUUCCGAGCUCUGCCUUGACAAGCUCUGUGCGGAGGCCAAGUCCGCAGAGUCCUUCGAUUUCGUGUUUUUCGACCAACGCGGGUCCCGCUUCCUGGAAGACCUGAAGCAGCUGGAGAAGGGUGGUGCACUGCGAAGCUUCGCCGUGGUCGUCGCUGACAACGUUCUGAAGCCGGGGGCGCCCAGCUUCCUGUGGCACGUGUGCUCCCGGCAAUCCAAGCCAUCGUGGAGGACAGUUUUGGUAGAACUGCGGGACUUUGGCACUUGCGCAGUGCCGGAUUGGAUGUCGGUGUCCCGAAGACAGGUGGCGAAGUCUGAGGAGGAAGACACCGCACCCCCAGAUGUGAUCCAGCACUUGGCAUGGCAGGCAGAUGAGAUGCGGUGGAGAAGCAUAGACGACGAUGUAACGCCUCAAGAGUGGACGGAGUUUGCCAAGUACAUGAAGACAUCUUUGAUCGCCGCCGGGCUGGAUGCAGAUCUACGUGAGCUGACUACUUUGCCACGCUGGCUGGAAGCUUCGGUGCCAGAAGUAUCCAGUACCGACGGAGAUUCCGGCCAAUGGGCUGUCCCUCCGGACGUUACUGUGAUGGAACGGGCAGUGCUGGAUCUCAACCAGCGGGACUUGUGGAACGGCCAGAACCUUGAUGCCAAUUCAUUGCUGGCACUGCGAUGCCUCCCGGAGGAGCAAGCAAUGGACCUCCUGGGGUCUUUGUAUUCCAAAGGCACUGGCAAAGGUGGUGUGAGCAUCGCCAAUCCCAACAACUAUCUUCAGGCAGCUAUUGCCAAGAUUGUGCGGACGGGUGGAAUGUCCGGCGGCAUGAACUUUACCGGAAACCAGACGAGGCAGAAGGCUGCCGAGCUCGGGCUUUCCCUGGAGGAUCUCACGCUGAAAGCGCUGGCUCGCCUUCCCCUCCGCGCCUCUGUGAAGCUGCUGGAGUCGGCAGCUGCAGCUCAGAUGGGAGGAUCGGAUCCCAACGCCGUAAUCAUUGCGGAGGCCACCAUGCUCGAGGCGCAGGCGCAGGACAUCUCGCGAAAGAGGCCGCGAGAUACUAUGUAG